AUGGAGGAAGUUUUGAAUAACUUGGGAUGGAUCGAUGGUUUUCGUAUUCCGAUUGCGAAUGCUGAAAAUAAGCGAUUGGAGGAGGAGGUCGAGCGUAAAAAUCGGCUCCGCGCCUCGUUGAAGUCGCAGCACGAAAACACCCUCGAACGUAUCAAGGAUAUCCGCAAGCAUGCAGCCGACGUGCGCCAGGAGCUCAGUCAGAACCAGCGUCUUCUGGGGGCUCAUUCAGCUCAGGUGGAGACGGAGAAGCAGCUGUGCCUCGCGGCCCAGGCCGAGAAGACGAGGCUCAUCCACGAGACGAAGCAAUGCGAACGUCACUUACACGACACCACCGCAAAGAUCGAUAGCCUGCAGCAGAAUGUCACCCGGAUAACGAAGAAGCUCCAAGCUUCGAAGAAGAGUAUAAAGACAGACACGAGUAGGCUCUUGGAAUGGGAGGAGAGGCUUAAUAAGAAGGAGGAAAAGAAUAUAAUUAUCGAGCAGUUCGUUAAGUCGGAUGAGAAAACGUUUAAGGAAAAAGAAUUGGAGAGACAAAACCUCAGUCGGAAAGCAGAGCUUUUUCGUCAAUUGGUGAUUAAGGCAGUUGGAGAUGUUCAUGAAUUAGAAUCGGCUCUGGAUAGAACAGCGCGCCUCUAUAAUCAAGGAAUUAAGGAUCGUCGUCAAUUAAUGGAUCAGUGGUCUCAAAGCGUCAACGUGCUUAAUCAACGUGAUAAAUCUAUUUAUAGUGCUCUCGAUGAAAUUAAUUCGUUGCGGGAAAUUGCCAAGGAGAGGUUGGAUGCUUAUCAGGAGUCGGAACGUUUUUUGAAAAUUCAAGAAAAUGAAAAUAAGGAAUUGGAAUAUAAUUUGAGGUACUUGGAAAAGAAUCUUAUUCAAAGCAAAGAAGAGCAGCAAAAGUUAUUGGAAACAAUCGACACUUUCUCCGUCGAGGUUCAUAUGCAAAAGAAAUUAUUACAAGACUUGGCUCGCCGUAUCGAAGACACUCGCAUAAAUAUAAAGCGUAAGCAGAAUGAAAUUGACAAUAAAAACUCAAAGCUUGCCGAUUACGAACAAAUUAUAAAUGGUCUGAAGGAGACUCUGAAGAGCAUCGAUGGCCAAACAAUAAAUACCGAAGAAAGAUUGAACAAUCUGAAAGAUAUGCUCGAGAAAGAAGAAAAGCGAAAAACUGAUAUAAAAAAGGCCAUCCAGCAGCAGCAAAACUUUAUCGUGCGCAGCACUACUCGCAUCAAUGAGUUGGAAGGUGAGCAGAAGGUCAUUGAGCUGCGACAGCUAGCGGAGGCCAAGCGAUCGGAGCAAGUCGUGGCCGAACUUACCAAGUUGGAAAAGCUGGUGAAGGAGAAGAGGAACAGCUGCUACCAAAUGGAUAUCGAGCUGCAGAAGUGUGAGAUCCGCUUGCAGAAUAUUCUCGGCCAGGGUAUGAGCAAGGAAGAGGUCGAGGCCAAGCAGAACAAGCUCAAGCAGCUACAGCAAAUGCAAAAGGACAAGCUCGAGACGCUGAGAAGUUUGCAAGCUCAGGUGUCGCAAGUCGAGAAUGACAUUAGAAAGAUCACAGCCUCGAUUGCCAGCAGCAACGAUGAGUUGGAACGAUUAAAAAGUAAGCAUCAGGAGUUGAUUGUAUCGAUCGAGGGAGGUGAGAAGCAGUUGAAGGCAGCUCAGUUUCAAUGCGAGGAGAAGAUGGUAGAUCAAAAUAUACUGGAGCUACGUGUAAAAGAAGUUGAAAAGAUCGCAUACAAAGUGGACGAUAAGCUUUAUGAUCUGGAAAAAUAUGCCUUUCACAUGGAGGCUGCAAUGCAGGAGAGACGAUUGGAUAUCAAGAUGCAGAAGGAGAGUAUGAAUUUAGAGAGACGCAUUGUGUUGAAUGAGUGCACAGAUUUGCGAAAUAUGAUAACCGAGCGGAAAGCGCGUGUCCAACAACUUCAGGUACGCUACGACUGUGCGAUGGCGGUUCUUGGUACGAAUCCUGAGGAUGGAUCUCCCAUUACCGUUGCCUAUCUCAUUAUCCAGACGGAUCAGGAACGUUAUCUGCUGCAAGAAAGGGGCGAUCGUCUUGAUAAUGCGAUUCGCAAGGCCGAGCAGGAGAUUCGCAGCAUGGAGAAUACUCUGAAGCUGGUGAAUGUUUGCAAUGACAAAUACAAAUUGAACUUGUCGAUGGUCGAUGAUAACGAGCCCGAGAAGGCCGAACAGCGGCAGCUCGACAAAGAGUUGUUAAAUGUCUUGCAGACGCUUGAUCAGAAGCGACAAAAACUUGAGAGCGCCCAGGAGGAUUGCAAGUGCAUGGAAGAUAAUUGCCAAAAGCUCGAGCAAAGUAUUGAGAAAAUCAAGGACGUAAAAGAGACUAAGCGUCAACUCGUGGCUAAUCUUGAGCUACAAAUAAUCGAACAAAGGGAUAAAAUUUCAAGAGCCGAUAAGAAUCUUCGAAAAACUUUGAAGGAAAUCCAGAAUAAAUGUAUCUGUAUGUCUGAUGAAACAAUUUUAAUGCAAGAGAGGGACAUAGCGGUGAGGGAGCUGCAGGAGCAGAACACUUUGGCCCUCCAGCGCAUCACGGAGUUCACAAUCCGACACCUCGAGGCGGAGACCUACGUUAAGAAGCUGCUGGAGAAAUUCAAUAUCGAGUUACCGUGCGCGUAUUAUCUGAGACAGUCGACGACGCCGUUGAGUACGAGCAGGAGCGAGAGUCGCGCGUCAUCUCUGACGAGCAAAAGCACAUCGAGGACAGGGAGCUUAGGAACUUCUCGCAUGACUAAAAGCUCGAGUAGACUGAGCCUCGUGCAAACAUCAUCGGCGAGAGAGAGCGCUAUAGUCAGUAGUUCGCUCGUGCAAUUUGAUCCAGCUUUCCCAGGUAUUGUCUUCUGUCUCUUGACCCCUCGUUCGUUAAUCGAUCAUUGGAUUUAUUUAGAUCUUCGGGCUGCUAGUCCGGGUCAUUUAUUAAAUACUGCAAUGGGGCUUCUCCUGGAAAAGUAA